UCCUUGGUCCUUGCCAUGGCCGCUGGCACCCUGCACCGUCAUUGCUGAAUGCUGAUCCCAUCUGGGAGCUUCUUCUCUUCAGCCUAGUCAACUCCAUUCAUCUCAUUUCAAACCGCCCCUUUGUUUCCCUCACUCCAAGAAAAAAAAAAACUUCUAUCAUUUUGAAUUUGCUCCCAGAUUCUCGCAGAUUUCUCGGUCAAACAUUUUUCUCUUCCUGAAUUGAAGUCUCAGAUGGUGGCUUGGUUUUCGGUUGAGCAAAAUCGGAGAUGAGAGGACCCUCCCCAGGCAUCGUGGAGCCACGUCACCGGUUGUCAACUUCCAUAAGUGAAGAUACGAACAAGAGAGUUAGGUCUCAAAGAAGUAGAGAUUUUAAGGAUGUUGAAAAGGCAUUGCAUGCUCCAUUUCAAGAUAGGAAUAUAAAUUGCAAGCCUAAUUGGAAACUAGUUUUGGCCAUUGUUGUACUGGGAACUUUAGUCACAAUUUUUCAUCCUCCAGCUGUUUAUAAUACUGAUCAUAUAUCAAACACAAUUUCACGGCAAACUUUUGUUAGUAAAUGGAAUAGGGAGCCUGAUGGUAUUGAUCCACGUUACUUAUCAGCUAUAAAUAUUGAAUGGGACCAAAUAUCUGAAGUUCUUAAAUAUUUGAAGGAUAAGGACACAUAUCAGGGUGUUGGUUUGUUAAACUUCAAUGAAAGUGAGAUUGAUCACUGGAAAGAGCUCCUACCAGAAGCAGAGCACAUAGCCCUAGAACUGAACUAUGCUUCAAAUAACAUAACCUGGGAAGUCCUUUAUCCUGAAUGGAUAGAUGAAGAAGAAGAAUACGAGUUUCCUAAGUGUCCAACACUGCCUAAGAUUCAGGUACCUGGAAAACCAAGGAUUGAUCUUAUUGCCAUCAAGCUUCCUUGCAACAAGUCAGGGCGCUGGUCUAGAGAUGUGGCUCGUCUGCAUCUGCAAAUUGAAGCAGCAAGACUUGCUGCCUCUUCGAAAGGAUUACAUCCAGUGCACAUGCUUCUGGUAACCGAUUGCAUCCCCAUUCCAAAUCUCUUUACUUGCAAAGAACUUGUAAAACGCGAAGGGAGUGCUUGGCUUUAUGAACCCAAUCUGAAUACACUUAGAGACAAGUUGCAACUGCCAAUUGGUUCAUGUGAACUUGCAGUUCCGUUGAAGGCUAAAGAAAAUUUUUACUCGGAAAGACCACAACGAGAAGCUUACGCAACCAUCUUACACUCGGCACACGUCUAUGUAUGUGGGGCCAUUACUGCAGCUCAGAGUAUUCGCAUGGCUGGUUCAACGCGUGAUCUUGUGAUUCUAGUUGAUGAGAGCAUUAGUGACUAUCACAGGGGUGGUUUGGAAGCUGCUGGAUGGAAGAUACAUACAAUCCAAAGAAUCAGGAAUCCGAAAGCAGAACCCGAAGCAUAUAAUGAGUGGAACUACAGCAAAUUCCGCCUUUGGCAGCUAACAGAUUAUGACAAAAUCAUUUUCAUUGAUGCUGAUCUGCUUAUACUCAGAAACAUUGAUUUCCUUUUUCAGAUGCCUGAAAUUUCAGCCAUAGGGAACAAUGCUACGCUGUUCAACUCAGGUGUGAUGGUUAUUGAGCCAUCAAAUUGCACAUUUCAACUGCUGAUGGAUCACAUCAAUGAAAUCGUCUCUUACAACGGAGGCGACCAGGGUUAUCUGAAUGAAAUCUUCACAUGGUGGCAUCGGAUUCCAAAGCAUAUGAACUUCUUGAAACAUUUUUGGGAAGGUGAUGAGGAAGAGAAAAAAGUCAUGAAAACUCGCCUCUUUGGAGCGGAACCACCCAUCCUCUAUGUCAUCCAUUAUCUAGGUAAUAAGCCGUGGCUCUGCUUCCGUGAUUACGACUGUAACUGGAAUGUGGACAUUCUGCAAGAGUUUGCCAGUAAUGUAGCUCAUGCAAGAUGGUGGAAGGUGCAUGAUGCCAUGCCGGAAAACUUGCACAAGUACUGUUUGCUUAGGUCAAAGCAAAAGGCUGCAUUAGAGUGGGAUCGGAGGCAGGCGCAGAAAGCAAACUACAGCGAUGGUCACUGGAAAAUUAAGAUUAAAGACCCACGUUUAAAGACGUGCUUUGAGGAUUUCUGCUUUUGGGAGAGCAUGUUAUGGCAUUGGGGUGAAAAGAAUUGGACAGAUAAUUCUACUGUUAGUUCUCCACCUGUUGUCAAAACCAAAUCUCUUUCUUCUUUAUGAGUUCAAUUUUUUCCACCUUUUCAUAGCUUUUGUUGUUUAUAUAUAUAUUUGCUGAAUCUUUGUGUUUUCGUGGUUUCCAGCAGCAUGUCCAAAUUCAUCUCAGUAGUCUUUUAGAACGAGUUAUGCACAUAUGCAAGUUUUUAUUAUCACCAUUUUUAUUUAUUGUAUUUGUCAAUAAGUUUUCCUUUU